CUGGGGGGGGGAUGCGCUGUCUGUGUGGCUGGGGAUGCGUUACAGAGGCGGGCUGGGCUUCGUGUAACCAGAGAGCUCCUGUAAGCUACCGCGGCUGAAGGCGGAGAGGGAGGACGAGGAGGGACCCUCUGGAUUUCCCAGCCACAGCUCUCCCCAGGAGGAGGCUGCCGGGAGCCCCUCUGUCGCUUCCCUCCCUCCCCCUCCCCCCUCCCCAAAUCUCCCUCCAGCGCAGCACACCAGGGAACGAUGAAAAAAACCAAUUCUGCAAAACGGGGCCGGCAGGACGGCAGCCAGCAGCCGCAGCCCGACAAGGUCGGCUGGGUGCGCAAAUUCUGCGGGAAAGGCAUCUUCAGGGAAAUCUGGAGAAACCGUUACGUGGUUCUGAAGGGAGAUCAGCUUCACAUCGCGGACAAGGAGGUAAAAGAUGAAAAAAACAUCCAGGAAACGUUUGACUUGAGUGAUUAUGAGAAAUGUGAAGAGCUCAGGAAGUCCAAAAGCAGAAGCAAAAAGAACCACAGCAAAUUUACCCUCGCCCACUCCAGGCAGCCUGGAAACACGGCACCAAAUCUGAUCUUCCUGGCUGUGAGUCCAGAAGAGAAGGAGUCCUGGAUUAAUGCCCUCAACUCUGCAAUCACACGUGCUAAAAACCGCAUCUUGGAUGAGGUUACUGUGGAAGAGGACAGCUACCUCGCCCACCCCACACGGGACAGAGCGAAGAUCCAGCACUCCCGGCGGCCGCCGACACGGGGACACCUGAUGGCUGUGGCAUCUACCUCAACGUCCGACGGCAUGCUGACGCUCGACCUGAUCCAGGAGGAAGACGCCUCUCCGGAGGAUCACGGCACCUGCGAGCAGAGUUUCCGGGUGGAUCUGGACAAGUCGGUGGCUCCUCUGGCUGCCGGCCGGCGCCGCUCCCACUCCGAGAACGUCCAGCCGCCGGAGAAGGGCCGGCCGGGGAGCCUGCCCCGGAGAGAGGGCACCUCCUGGGACGGGUGUGGGCAGCGCAAGGACUCCUUCGACAGAGGCACCAUGUACACGCCGCAGGUCCCCAAAAAGCUCUCGCACUCGGAGAAGAACAAAUGUGCCUCCAUGGAGGAAAUCCUGUCGGGCCGGGACUCUGCUGCGCGCCGGGCGCUGCUGCGGACGGGGCUGGAGGCUCAGGCGGCCUCGGCAGAACCGGAGCAGCUCUCCCGGCUCCAGGAGCUGGUUGCACUGAAACUGGAAAAAACUCAGGAACUGCUGACGGAGGUGAAGGGCUACGGGGAAGGCAAGAGAAACACCCAGGACUCCAGCACCACCGCCGUCAGCUCUUCUUCCUCGUCGUCUUCCAGGUCGGACUCUGAAAGGAUCCUGCAGGAAUCUGAGAGGUUGCUGGGGGAGGCUUCCUCCACCUGGAGCCAAGCCAAGAGGGUGCUACAGGAGAUCAAAGAGUUGAGGGACCUGUACAAACAGUUGGAGCUGCAGCAGUCGGACUCGAAACCCAGACAGAGCUCACAGUGGCAGUACAGGAAGAGCGUGAUGUGAAGGCAGCCUCGGCACUGGGAGGGAGGGACAGGGGAGGGCCGUUUGGUCUCUUUUUUUUUAACUAUUAUUAUUAUUUACAGUGUUUGAAAGUGAAAAGGUGCCUGUUCCCACCCACGUUCGCUUCUCAGAGCUUGAACCCUCCCUUUCCUCCGUCCCAUCCCCCCACAAAACAACCAGCCCCGUGCUCCAAUAAAUUCAGCUCCAGUUUAUACCUCCUUUUUUUAAAGAGCACCCUUUGCACCGCAGGCCCCCAGCUCCUGCCCCUGCUUUGGAGGCUGGAAGAGAGCAGCAGUUGCUAGCACGUGGCCCUGCAUGCCCGGAGCAGCACGUGCCUCACGACGGGGACAGAUGCCCUUGCGCUGCGUGAGCCCUGGCUUUGCUGCUCCAACGCCCGAGCUGGAUCCUGCGUCACGGCUCCUCCACCGAGAGUCUCGUCGUGUUCUCUCUUGGAAAUAAGUGACAAAACCCACAAAUGUGUGGAAGUCUCCCGUUACCCAGGAACUGUCUGGAGGAUGCCUGGAAGUUCGAGCUGACCUCCAGUUCUAGGCGAGUGUUCGGAGGCACUCGCUGGACUGCAGCUGGCGGGGUCCUUGUCCUGGCACGGGGCCCUGCUGUGAACUCCUGGGGUUGGCAGCUGUUUUUCCUGUGGUACAUUUACAGCCCUCCAGAAGGAGAGCGACAGGUAUGCAAUCCACGUUCCCACUGCGCCCCUCUGCCCGGUGAUGCUUUACAGAACCCCUUUGGCUCUGUGCAAUGGGAUUAGCAGCCACACGUCUUCCUUUCCGUGCAAACAGAGGAUCAAAGCCUUGAAUCUGACAGACAGCCUCUCCAUGGGCUGUUUGUGGGGGUUGUUUUCUGGCUUUUUCAUUUGUCUUGGGUUGUUUUUCCUUUUCUUUGAGCUGAGGGGAAAUGGAAUAAUCAGGGCAGCAGCUGGAAACCAGGAGCCAAAAGCAGUUUUGGUAGGUUUGAUUCUGCCCCCCCCCUGCACGCACAGGCUCGGUUUCUGACUGCAACAGAUAGUCCUCGUUGCUCCCCUAAGAUCAAAAUCAGGCCUAGUGAAAUGAAAGCUGAGCCUGUAAGAGAGCUCAGAUACCCUCACCUUGGUGAUGCCAAGCACUUUGCUAAAUAGGUGGCUCAGUUUUCAGGCCUUUAAGCAGCAAGACAAGACAGGAGGAUGUUAAGAUGUCUCACAGGGCUUAAAGGACACCAGUGUGGUAACAUCCAACCUUUGGGUAUGUUUUACAAAAGCAAACCCAGUUCCCUGACCCACGUUGCAAGUAACCCCUGGAAACAUUAAAACCAACGAGAGUCAUCCCCUGGUUGCAGUUGUUGUCUGUUUUCUCUCAGUGGUUGGUCUCCCUUGGGAGGGAGGUUGGUUCCCUGCCUGUGCUCAGGUUCAUGUUGAUGUGGAGUCUCCAGCACUGCAAGGAAACAUUUCUGUUUAAUUCAGACCUUCUCCCACAUUCCUGUCAGAAUUCCUGGGAGAGUUAUUACAGUUGGCACCAAGUUCCUGAAGGUGUUGUUAUUGACAAGCUUCAGAUGUGGCCCUGGCAACAAUCUUGUGCUUGUUCUGUCUCUAACUCAGCUCUUUGCCUGCUCUUAAAGGACAGGUUUGAAACGGCACCGCAGCUCUCGUGGCAGAGCUGCACCCCACAGCUGGCCAGGGCUACCCAUGGCACCCUUCUCUUCAGGUCUUUCUCUUACAUUCUCUAUCAGCUGCAGGGGCUCUCUGCAUGCCUCAGAGGAGAAACCACAACCCCUAAAAGAGAUGUUCAAAGCAUGCACGUCAGCCGCUCUGAUCAAACCUCCCAUCCAGCUCUUUGGUCGACACAACAUGAAGAACCGUGCAGAUAUUUUCCAGAUGGGACGUUCAGAGUGAAAACCAGCCCUGUCUGCAGAACAACACAGCCAGGCUGAAGACCUGGAGGUUUGAAUGUGGGCUGGAUGUGUGUUGUGACCUCCCUUCUCUCCACCUCAGCACUGCACAGUAGGGGCUUUCCAACCAUUGCCAGAAUUGGUUAGAAACUUUGAGCCUGUGAUUUCUGAUGGGGCCCAGGGAGAAGGAAUCACUUAGGGAGCAAAAAAACCAACCCCGUGAGUUUUCAGAGCAGAAAACCUCUAUUUUUCACUUGGGAAUAUUUUUGUAUCAUACAAAAUGUGAAUUUGUCCUUAAAACUCUC